GGAAUUUGGUAGCCCAAGGUCGUCUUCCUCUGAGCAAUCUUGCCCACUGCGUUUACAGAUUGAUUUUAUUUCCCUAUAGCCUACCUGCUUUUCAUUGAUAUCAUCUUCAUCAGCCAUGGGUCGCGGUCAAGGCGGUCCUUUAGGUCUCGUCGGAAUGGCUGUCGGUUUUGGUAUGGAAGUCUACCAACAUCGAAAAGAGACCAAAUCGAAAAGACAAAAUGUCGCUUCUCAAAACUCUUCCGAAGAUAUCCAAAAUUCUCUGCCGUCAACCCAUCUUCAGUCAGCGAGAUCUCUUGGAGAAAAUUCUAGCGCUUCGAAUUUUGCUCCAAAUGAUGCCCCUCCGUCCUAUCAAGAGGUCGUAAACACUGGUUCAUCGCAAUCUUAUUAUAACGAUAAGGCUGUCUCAGACUCAUAUCCAAGAGAGAAAGACUCUUCAGGAGACUCUCGAUUCACUAACAGGACAAUUGAGUCUUUGGACACACAUCGGCAUGUAGAUUCGUCCCCUUAUGACGAUGAAAAUGGAAAUCGCUUUAGUAAUAGAGUCCACCAAGGACCGAAGUAUGAUACUGGUGACUCGCAUGCCGACUUGGAAGACGAGAAACAGUGGGAACUCGAUGAGGCGGCUGAAGAGUUUGGACCCCAUGAUACCCGAGCAGCGGGUGAAUCUGACGGACCGGCACAAACUGAAGAAGAAAAGAUCAAGCAGAGAGAGGCAUUUAUCAAUGAGCUUGUCUAUAUCGUCGGGCCACCACCACGUUCUGUAGAACCGCUAGCGUGCCCUAUUAUCAUCCCACAGCGCCGGCCAGGCAAAAGAGACAGGGGAUUUGUCAGAGCUUAUGCCCCCGUUCUCAAUAACAGCGGUAUCAGCCAAGACGCGUUUUUGAAGUUUCUCAAGGACUGGCAAACAGCUAGUAGGGCAAGCCCAUGGUGGGAUGUCGUGAUAGUGUCGUCAGCGAUCGCAGGCUUUGCUCCGGGCAUCACAGCCAUGGUCGUCACCACUGUUGCUCAAAUAGCAGCAUCUGCUGCGAAGGAAGUCCAGUCCCGAUCACGGCACAACACCUACCUCGACCGAGUCAAUCAAGAAGUAUUCAUGCCCCGCGGUCUCGUUGCGGUAGUCAUGAAAUUCAAACCUGAUUCCCAGCUCGUGCAAGGGGGUAGUCAAUCUCAAGGCCUUCUCGGUAAUAUUGGUGGAAUUUUCGGAAGCAUGGUAUCGUCUGAGCGGCUAGACUUGUCCCAAGCAGCAGUGAAAGUCUCCCAGACUGGACAAAUUCCCGCCACCAAGAUCCAGAAGUUCAGACAGAAUAUGCAUGUCGCCAGCGGCGUAACUCGCGGCGAAAUUGAGCUUCCUGAUGCCGCUGAACUUGUGUUUCCCAACCUCGACUAUGUGGCCAGCCAGCCGUCGGUGGGGGCAAAGGCGAAACUCAAGUCGGCGAAUAAGUUUGUUCAAGACUACCUUGAUCGGAGAGCGCAGGCCAAGUAUGCGGCUGACAACCCUGGGUCAGCUCUUACGAGCUACGUACCGAAGUUCGCUUCGAAGCUUAGCGACCCGACUGCGGGGAUGGCUCAGGGAGGCCUGCGAGGUAGCCCAAGGCGAGGGGACAGGAGAGGCAGAAAUUCUCGAGGGGGUUUGAUUGGGCUGGCUACGCAGUUGAUUGCGAACACGCAGGAUAACCAGCGCUCUGAAUCUCGCUACGAAGAUGAUUAUAACACGAGAGCGAGGUAUGGUGGACGUCCAUUACAGGGUGGCGAGUCUGCGAAUUCGGCGCAGUAUGGAACAAAUCAAGGCAGGCAGAAAGGCGGGCGAGGGCUCAAAAAGUUAAUGCAGCAAGAUGUGCUGUACUUGAUUAUCGUGAAUCUUCCGACAGAGCAGGAGGUGAGAAGUAACAUGAGGGAGUUGGAAAUGGCUAUGGAAGAUGCUGUCAACCGUGGCGCAUAAUACCUUAUCAGCUCCACAUUAUUUUGACUACAGAACGUGUUGAU